AGGCCCAUGUGUAUUUUGGCAGGUGGCUGUGGGAUAAAAACAUGACGUGUCUCUGAUAAGAAAUGUGUCUCUGCCAUGUGCCACGUUGCCAAACAGACAGCAGAGUUGUUGAGUCAAACCCUCAUUCAUUUCUUUUGGAAAAGAAACUGCAGGGGACAGCACAUCUGAGUCAUGUCUGGGCUGAAUGCAUCUCUCGGCUACUUCUUGGCUGUUGUCAUUUCUGCGGCCUUGGUCUCAACACUCCUUAAAAAAUGGCCACGGUUUAGAUUGAUUUUGGAGUUCGCUUCCUCUUUCAUGCUGGUGGCAUGUCGGCUGGAGGUGCAGACCAUUGUGGAUGUGGGGGAGUGGGCCGGGGGCUUGGGUCCUGAUGUGACUUUCACCAUAUUGUUUGUGGUUCUGCUGACCCACGGUGUGAUCUGUGGUGGUGCCUCAGGGAACCCCACCCUGGUUGUGCUGGAGUUCCUGCAGCUGGAGGCCACCACCCUGCCCACUCUCCUUGCUGUUGCGGCCCAGUUUCUUGGGGCCCAUCUAGCCAUUCUUGUAGCUGCAUACUACUGGAGUCUGGAGCUAACAGACAUGCACAUGAUCAAAAACCUGAUGUUCAGAGAGUGCAGCCCAUCUCUGCUGGUCUCGGCGCUUCACGGGUUCUUUACAGAGUGUGUAUGCACGCUCUUCCUUCUUCUAGUCCAUCUAAACCUGAGACGCAGACCUGCUCUGAUCCGAGUGCCCCUCAUCGCUGUCCUCCUCACUUUCCUGUGCUAUACAGCCAGAGGCUACACCUCAGCCUACAUGAAUCCCUCCUUGUCGUACGGCCUCACCUUCCACUGUCCUGGAUUUACCUUCACAGAGUACGCAGCGGUCUACUGGCUGGGCUCUCUCACAGGCAUGACUCUGGCCCUCGUCUUGUAUAUGGGCCACAUUCCAAGGAUCUUUUCCAAGAACCUAAUAUAUUCUCAGAAGACACGUUCUCGAGUGCCAAAAGGGGACAAAGGAGAAAAAAAAAUAUGAAACUACACUUGUUUUUUUUUUUAUAAGUCAACCUUUAAGUAAAGUAACUGACAACAAAUUGUUAAUGGCAAAGAGAUUUUUACUGUACAGAAAAUAAGGGUAAAAGAUCAUGUUGAACUCAUUCGGUAAAUUCAUUCUUCCAUUCUUGUCGGCAUCUUUUUAAUAAAAGCAUUACUAUCAAUAAAGU